CAUGCCAGACCGAGGAAACCGAAAAAUAUUUAUAAACGCGACCGUGCUCGAUCCAUAAGCUGGCGCGUCGCACUUUGAACCAACCGAAACCGCUCGAAAACACUAUUUCGUACACUAGAAAACCUCCGUCGACGGGCAGUACCUCUUUCCAGAAGCCCCCCUUUCAAAACCCGGUCAGUGUCGAUAAGAUUCGUACUUCUAAAUCAAGAAAUAAGUGACCCAAGUACGCGAUCUUCGAAAAGACUACUCGCAAAGUGUUGAUUAGUUCAAAGAAAACGAGUAUAUUACUGUAAUGUGAAACAAAUAUAAGACGGUAAGAUGAACAAGGACUUUGUGAAAACACCGCCCAGUCGAAAUAGGGUAAGGGAUAACCUCAUCAAGGUCCCCCUGCUGUAGGAAGUGUAGUUUUUGAAGGAUAUACUGUAAAGACUUGGGUACCAUCACCAUGGGAAACUCUUGUAGCAGCGGACAGGGCCAUAAAGAUAAGGAUAACAUGUCGCAGAGGUCUGAAGAAUCGGCCAGUUACCAAGUACGUGCCUCCAUACCGUCGGAAAAACAACAAACUCUACUAAACCACGUUACAGCAACACACAGCGGUGUAAUUCUGGAACCUAGCACUGCUGGACAGCAACCUCUUCAGCAUGUGGGCCCUCCAGGAGUCCCCGGUUCGGACUUGAAGAAUCCCACGCUGGCCAAGAUCAUGAAAGGCCCAGAUUCCAUGUCUCUGGCGUCUCCUGUGAGUCCCAAAGAGUUUGACAGGCUGGCCGAGGACGUGCCCAAGGAGGUGGGAUGUUUAGGUGAAAACUUGCAGCACCUGGUGAUGGGGAGAGUGGCGCAUGCAAAAACGUCGUUGAGGUCGAGGAAAAUCGUUAUAUACGUUUGUGCUGCAGACUCUCAAGAUUGUGUAGUAGAAAAAGGCGCUUUGCACAACGUAGUCUACCCCUAUCUACGGCAGCACUGUAGAUCCAGAGGCUACGAACUCCACAUUGUUGAUCUACACUGGAAAACAGCCUUGGAAAAACAACAGGACCACGAAUUUCCAGAACUCUGUAUUGGGGAACUUACUCGCCAAAUGGAAGUGGCUUACGUCAUCCCAGUACUGUUCCUCAACAACUCCCUCGGUACUCAACUGCUACCAAUCACGGUGGAAACUGCAGACUUCAAAAUGGCGCUGGACAGUACCGAAAACCAAACGGCACAAGCUCUACUGAGAAAAUGGUACGCUUUGGACGGUGACGCACAACCUCCUUGCUACAGGUUGAGACCCAUCUCCUGUCACAUCCCUGGAUUUAGCGAGAGUAGUCUGGAAGACAGGGAAAAAGCCUUCGAGGAGUGGGCUCACGAAAUCGACAAGAUGCUCACGGUACUGAUUGGCGUGUUCUCCACUGAAUUGAAGGAUACGUAUUUAACCACUGUAGUUGAACAGGAAGUGCACAAUACAGUGUUUAUGAGCCAGGAAAUGGCCAAGAGAUGUAUCUGGAUGAACCGGGUGUAUACUCCGACUCCAAAAACACCCGAGAAUCCUAGUCCUGGCGAGGAGGAAGCUCACAGAAGGUUAAAUAUUCUACAGAAGGACUUACGGGAUCAACUAACGGAAAAGCACAUCGUACGCAUCCAGGUGAAGUACUCCGACUCCGGACUCAAUCCUGACCUGCCCGAGCACAAGGAUUACGUCAGCACGGUCACUACGCACCUUCAGAAGCACCUGAAGGACACCAUCGACGGCAUCGUUGAAGAACACGCGGCCAAGAGCAUGAUCAAGCCCAGUUUCGGCAUAGAAGCCGGCUUGUUCGAGGAACUCAAUCAACAGACGUACUUCUGUCAAAAAGCGGCACAGUGCAGUAUUAACAGAGAGAAAACUAUAGAGGACGUGCACCGGUACUUGGCUGGAGGCGGUACAAGUCCUCUGGUUUUGGUAGGACCGAAUGGUUGUGGAAAAACGACACUUUUGGCCAGGGUAGCAGCUCAUUUCCCGGGUCGCUUACCUGAAGCUUUUUUGGUACUUCGCUUUGUGGGAAUCAGCGCACAGUCUAACAGCAUAGAGCAAUUGCUGAGUUCAGUAACUGAUCAGUGUUCUAUAUUAGCAUACGGUCACAAAUGUCACUGUAAUCACACAAUGGAGGACUACCAAAAGGUACUACCCAAUUUACUAGCCGCUAGCAGCGUACAACGUCCACUAAUCAUCAUCCUGGACGGUUUGGACCAAGUGAGAGAAUACAGCUCUACGACACUUCAAUGGGUACCGCCCAAGCUACCGGAUAACAUCAAGUUAAUAGUGUCUGUGGCGGAGAACAGUACCAUGCACCAGGAAUUGAAAAAGAGGCUUGGGGAAGGCUGUUUUACCUUCAUGCCACCUCUUGGACAGAUCGAAGCCAAGAAUAUCCUCAUGUCCAGCGUCAUGCAGUACAAUCAUAGCGUCAAUUCGGAGAUUCAAGACUGCGUACUCAAGUCGGUGCAGGAAUGUACCGUACCAUUGUAUUCGAAGGUUUUAGCGUGGCAGACGUCUUGGUGGGCGGACAAAUAUCACGAAAUUAAGCCCAAAGGUCGACUCAGCGAACAACUAGACUUUUUACUUGAGGAAUUGGAAAGUAUAGUAGGUUCUCCUCAGGUUCAAAGAGCAUUAGCACUGAUAUUCAGCAGUAAACACGGCGUUACUGACUCAGAAAUGCUAGAUUUGCUGGCCCUGGAUGAUAAUUUUCGAAGCGCUACCACUUAUGUGACUUGGGCACCAGCUUGUUUAGCUUGGCCCAGACUAGUCAAACAUCUGGCCCCCUUUCUUAUGUGGUCCCUCACCGGAGGAGUCCUAGGUGUCCAGUGGAAAGAUGACCUUCUGAGGAAAGCGGUGGCCAACAGAUAUGCAAGUUUCAGCAAAUGGGCACACCAAGCUCUCUUCGACUACUAUGAUGGUAAAUGGUACAAGUACCCUCCAGCAAAUCUUCAAGCACGUCUAGUGAACCAGGACACCAACCUAGGAAAAUGCUACAAUCGUCGGAAACUGGACGAACUACCCUUCCACCAUCACCACUUGGGACGAAAUCUAGAAACAUCUCCAUAUCUUAACGAUAUAUCCUGGAUCUACGACAAACUAUGCGGUUCCAGCGUGUUUCAACUUCUGGAAGACAUCAGUUUAAUCGGUACGAAGCUAAAUCCUUCGGUAGCACAACUGCGGUACUUCCUAGAACACCAUGCAAGCUCUCUGAACUACGAUGGAAGACAGUUCUACUCCCAACUGUUUGGUUUCGCCAAAAAACGUCCUCUGACUGAUGGAGUGCUUAAAGAAGCUUUUGCCAAGUGUUUUGAGCCUCCUGUAACGUCUUUGAUACCCCUCAACGUCGAAGCAAUGGACUUGCAUCUGGAUGAGACCAAGGAAGUACAGAGAAAGCCCGUUUUUGAUUUGUUAGUACGAAUUCCGAAUUCAAACAGGUUUAUUGUGACUGUUUCUACUGAGCAAGAGAGAAUAUGCGUUUGGGACAUUGUAGAUUGUAAGCCAAUAAGAACCCUGAAUGGGAUACCCCAUCCAAUAAAUCUGAUCCCCAUCGACGAGUUCAAGUGCAUAGUGCUGUGCAGGAGAGAGCUGCGCAUCUACAACUUGGACAGCGGUACUUUCGUGACGAAACUCAAAGGGGUGAUGAACCAGAAGAUGCCCUUUUACGGGUUGCACGACGACAGGCACCUUGUGGCGUUGAGCAGGAAUCGCAUGUACAUAAAUUUGAUGAAUUUGGAAAGCGGAGACCUGGUGACGACUUUCAAGGCCGGCGAAGACCGAUUCUUAAAUUCCCUGCUGGUUUCGGGGGAUGGCAGAGUGUUGGUUUGCGGCGAUGAAACCCAGAAACCGUUCCCUCUCUUAGUUUGGAACCUCAAAUCCAAGAAACUGCUCUACGAUCUGAGGAUUCCCCACCACGACUUCGUCACAGCAUUGAGUGCCAUCACCUUCGAGGGCAACUACGUUUGCUGCGUCUGCAGAGAGAUCGACGACGAAAGCCCCAACUUUAUAGUAGUGUACGACCUCCAAAGCGGUACCUUAUUCAAAAAAUGGAAACCCUCAUGCGAUACCGUCUCUUUGGAGAUCAGUUCGCGAGGUGGAUGCGUUAUAUCCGGCCUGGAAGAUGCCAGGAUCCUGGUUUGGGACCUCAUUACAGGUAACUGUCGAUUCUCGUUAAGUGGUCACACCGCGCCUGUCUGCAGCCUCAAACUGGACCCUACCGGAGCCCUGUGCCUCUCCGUGGACUCCGAAUGCCGGGACAGGUCCAUCAGGCUUUGGGACGUCAAUAAGGGUGAUUUACUGGCAGUUUACACGCCCAAAACCAAGAUCACAGCUUGCGAGUUGACAUCUAAUGGAUUUCACGUGAUGCUAGCGUUGGAGGACCAUCGUGACAUAAUCACACUCCAACUGAACGGUCCUGGUGUUCAAGGUACUGCUGUACAGGACGAAGUGUAUGGUGACGAGCGAAACAAAGGCGAAACGUGGCAGUUGCCAGAUGACAAGUAGUGUAACGGUAAAAUACAGGAAAAAUUUAAUGUUAUUCGACCAAAAAAAUGGAGGAAGAUGAAACAAUUUUGAUGAAAAAAUUAAGGGACUCAAAUGGGGAUAGCGGACCAGUGAGCCUCUAGCUAUUUUUUUUAUAGGGUAUAUAUGUAACACAUCGAUUAAAUACGGUAAAAUGUCCUGAAAGUAAUAGAAUUAUGUGUGUAUUUGAAGAAAAACAAAUAUCUAUAUUGUUUCAGAAAGUUAUAUAAACAAAAUAUUUCUUCAAGCAGCCUAUUUUUUACUAUAUCUUUAUCGUCUUUCAUACAUUUUUUUCUUUUUUCCGUUAAGAAAAACUUAUAAACUGGGAACAAUCAAUAACUAAGUUAUAAAAAUUGGUAGAUCAAUACGCAAUAUAAUCAAAUAAAAAAUAUAGAACCGAGUACAGAAGUUUGCAUAGAGAUAUUAUUUCUUAUUCAAUCACACUGUAUAUUAUCUCAAUCAUAACCAAAAACAAGGAUGAAUCUUUAAGAAAUUAAUAUUUUAUUACAUCUUUUUCUAUCAAAGACUCGUUUUUAGCCAUUUUUAUCAAUAACUCAAUAAACUACUUCAAAUAUACAUAUAAUGCGCUGUAAAGAGUAAAGAGUCGUACAGCUUGUUAUAAUAUCGAAGAGAUUUCUCAAAAUAGGUAAAAUAAGAGUCAAAAAGAUUGUUUUUGGGGUAUUUACGCUGGUCGUAACAUAAAAACACCUUUGACCGAUUUUUCCAAUUUUGAAACGCCCGAAAGAUGAAACGGCGACAAAAUUAUCCAACACAAACGGCAAACGUUUAUAUAAUUUGUCCUCGUUGAUUUCUAGUAAGGAAAAAGAGAAAAACCAAGAAAAAAAUUG